UCACUUUCCUUCUUCCAGCUGAUAAGCCAACAGGCCAAACAAAAAUUUACCCUUCAUUACUACAUGCAAAUCGCUCAAAUACAUCGUCGCACGCGCUCUAAUUGAAUUAUAGAAAUCUACUCAAAACAAACACAGCACACUUUGUUGGCCCCGACGCGCAGUGCAGCGGAAAAAACUUCGGGAGACGAAAGGGGAAAAAAAAAUCAUGAGCUCACCAAUCGUAAAUCAAUCUCUACCGUUACCCUCGGUUGGUACGGGUGACCCCAGUAUAACGCUGGAAUCGUCCAUUCCCGUGACGGAAAGUAUCAACAUCGCCAAACGGUAUCCGGAUCGAUCGGAUAACCUGUACUUCCUGUUCAUUCCGCUAGCCGUGUUGGUCACCAUAAUGCUCCUAUCGGUCAUGGUGUAUCUGAUGGCCAGACGGCGUCAUAAGAUUUUCAGUAAAUAUCACUACGUCCCGAGCUUCAGCUUCGAAUCGUCCGACCUCGACGAAGAUCGCGAGGAACGAGAAACGGAUCACUUACUGAAAGGUGGUAAACUGCGGCUAGAUGAACCAGGGACGGGACAGGACGCAUCGAGUGGGUCGCUGCUCGAUACCAGCCGUACCGUUGGAAGGUACGGUGGAAGCACCGAGUUGUUUGCCUAAUACAAUUAGGCAUUGUCCCAGUUUCGUGCAUCUGGGCUACACGAUACAUGGAUAGGCGGUAAAAUAGGUCAGAACAAUGACGGUUUGUGAUACUAGAAGGGAACACGCGAUUGUACCACUAAACCAAAGAAAAUACGAUUGCUUAACGUUAAGGUUUCGGUGUCAUAGAUACUAAGCAACGAAGCAGUAUGGAAACUUUCAAUCCGUUCGGUCCUGUGCGUGAUAUAGCUGCUAUUAUUAUUUAAAUAUGAAUACAUUCCUCACGGAACAGAUCAGGAGCAAAGUAUAAACUCAUAAGAUAUCCUACGAUAUGGUAAAUUUAUUCAUCUACAGUUGCAAAUAAAAGCUACCGUUACAUUGCACUAACUAU